AUACGCAGGACAGUGCAGGGAGAAGACACAGCUACAGACGUAUAUUAGAGUUGAGGUUAGAAGUAGAAGUUACUGUAUUUGAGCACAAGUGUGUUAAGAUGUCAGAGGGAGUUUAUGAAAACUCAGAUGGAUUUGAAGGCGAUGAGCGUGAUGUAAUGAAGAACACAGACAUUGAUGGCCAAUUAUAUGGCAACGUAGGAGCCUUCAAACCCAGUCCAAGAGAUGGAGUUGUUGCUUCAGUGCAUUUUCAGUGGUGGAAGAGACCCUCUGGAAUUGCUGCAGUGUGUCUGGGGCUGCUGUGUGUUCUCUUAUUGGCUGGGAUCAUCGGCCUGGCUGUCUACUAUGGAGUCAUUGGUCAUCACUACUCAACAGAGAGAGACCAGCUACAGGCCAGUUACAACAACAUGACUGAAGAGAGAAACCAGCUACAGACCAGUUACAACACCCUGACCAAAGAGAGAGACCAGCUACAGACCAGUUACAACAACAUGGCUGAAGAGAGAAACCAGCUAAAGACCAGUUACAACACCCUGACCAAAGAGAGAGACCAGCUACAGACCAGUUACAACAACAUGGCUGAAGAGAGAAACCAGCUAAAGACCAGUUACAACACCCUGACCAAAGAGAGAGACCAGCUACAGACCAGUUACAACAACAUGACUGAAGAGAGAAACCAGCUACAGACCAGUUACAACACCCUGACCAAAGAGAGAGACCAGCUACAGACCAGUUACAACAACAUGGCUGAAGAGAGAAACCAGCUAAAGACCAGUUACAACACCCUGACCAAAGAGAGAGACCAGCUACAGACCAGUUACAACAACAUGGCUGAAGAGAGAAACCAGCUAAAGACCAGUUACAACACCCUGACCAAAGAGAGAGACCAGCUACAGACCAGUUGCAACAACAUGACUGAAGAGAGAAACCAGCUAAAGACCAGUUACAACAACAUGAAUGAAGAGAGAGACCAGCUACAGAUCAGGGUUAGGUUCUAUGAGAAACCCUGUCUAGCUGGAUGGUGGAAGUUUGGCACCAGCUGUUAUUAUGUCUCCUCCACAAUGAACUCACCGGGGGCCGGUCAGAAGGAGUGCAGAACAAUGGAAGGAGAGUUGGUUGUUAUAAACAGCAGAGAAGAACAGCCAGGACGCGUUGUGGCAGCUCCACGUACCAGGCUGCCAGUACGUCUCCUCACUCCUGUGGUCGCUGGGGAGGAGGUGCUAGUGGACGACACAGUGCUGCUAUUCAAGGAGAGGCGGUGGUGGGACCCGGUAGGGACCAAGACGGCAUUAGACGGGACCUUUCAAUGGCUGAAGGGAGUGGUCAACAUGGCUGAGGUCUCCAGCUACCUUGUAGAACUCAGCCUUUAA